CAAUGGCUGCGGUAGUACUUCCGGGAGGACGGCGCUGUGGGACUUUUUUGGCGCGAGGGCGGCCGGCGGCCCGGAGGGCGCGGCUCGCGCUCGGUGUUUUGGGUCCGGGCGGCGCCAUGCGCUACAACGAGAAGGAGCUGCAGGCGCUCUCCCGGCAGCCGGCCGAGCUGGCGGCCGAGCUCGGCAUGCGGGGCCCCAAGAAAGGCAGCGUGCUGAAGCGGCGACUGGUGAAGCUGGUGGUCAACUUCCUUUUCUACUUUCGGACGGACGAGGCCGAGGUAGGCCGCCCGGGGGGCGCCCUGGAGCGCACGGGGGCCGGGGUUCCCCCGGAGGCGCGCCCCCACCCUCGCCCGCUCCUCCUCUUCCCGCAGCCCGUCGGAGCCCUACUGCUGGAGCACUGCAGAGUCACCCAGGAAGAGCCCAGCGGCUUCUCCAUCAGCUUCAUCGAGGAUCCCGAGAGGAAGUACCACUUUGAGUGCCGCAGUGAGGAACAGUGUCAGGAGUGGAUGGGGGCUCUGCGUCGAGCCAGCUACGAGUUCAUGCGGAGAAGCCUUAUAUUCUACAGAAACGAGAUCCAGAAAAUGACCGGCAAGGACCCCCUGGAGCAGUUUGGCAUCUCCGAGGAGGCCAGGUUCCAGCUGGGUGGCUUGAAGGCCUGAGUGUGGGGUGGGGCUUUUCAGCUUUUCUACUGGGGCUGGAAGAGCCCUCCCCGUCCUCACCAGGCCCUGGGGUUCCUGGCCAAGCCUGGAUUUGCUGCAGCAGACUUCAGAAACCCAAGACUGGUGGAGGUGGGCGGGGGCAGGUUGGAGAGACAACCCAGUGACCCCACCCCCACCCCCACCCCGGUGCCUCAGGCCCACCCCCUGACUCCCCCCCUCCCCCAGACUGGUCUGGCACCUGCUGGUGCCACAUGCUGCUACCGGGGGAUGAGUGUCCCCUCCCAGAAGCUGUGCCCAGCCCUUGGGUGUAUCCAUCUGGGGCCUGAAGCGCCCAAGGCUGGUGCAGCCCUGCUUCCCUGUGCAGGCUGAAUGUACGAAGCUAGAUGAUGCUGUGAAGGGCGUGGGGGCGGGCCUCCUGGAGCCACUGUGAAUUCUACUCCUGCCGACGGGCAAGCCCGGGCUGGGCGCCUCCGGGCGGGGAGCGGCAAGCGUUGACUCAGGCCAGCGUGCUUGUUCUGUUCAAAUAAAGGUACCUCUUUUCCACGUG